AUGGCGCCGUACAACGAGGACGUGGAACUCAGUGCGAUCAAGAUCAAGGAAGACUCCCUCACCCUCGGGAGCAGCUACAGCAUGCGGCGGGAACCCAUCUACGACCCGAGCCCCGCGCCGGGCGUCCUGAGCCGCGUGCUCGAGAGCUUCAGGCGCGCGCCGACCCAAAUGUCCAACGGCAGCAUCCACAGGCCAAAGAGCAACUCGUCCCUGGACCUCGAGCCCGGUCACGAGAGGGUGCUGAACGGCGUGCACUACUACGACAUCCGCCUCGCCAAUCUGCAGACCUCGCACUCUCUCCUCUCGAGAAAGCUCAAGGGCCGGCAUUUGCAGAUGAUUGCUAUUGGCGGUUCCAUCGGCACGGGACUCUUCGUGGCUUCCGGACAGGCGCUCGAGGUGGGCGGGCCGGCAUCGUUGCUGAUUGCCUUUUCGCUCGUGGGCGCCAUGUUAUACUGCACUUGUCAGGCUUUGGGAGAGUUGGCUGUUGCGUUCCCCGUUGCGGGUUCGUUCUCGGCAUACUCCACGCGAUUUUUGGACCCGUCGUGGGGUUUCGCCAUGGGUUGGAACUAUGCACUGCAAUGGCUUAUUGUACUACCUCUCGAAAUCAUCGCGGCUGCAAUCACAAUAACGUACUGGGAUGAGGGCAUUACCAAGGCUUAUUUCGUCACCAUCUUCCUUAUUGGCAUCGUCGCUAUCAACCUCUUUGGUAUCAAAGGGUAUGGUGAGGCCGAAUUCAUAUUCUCUAUCAUCAAAAUCAUCGCAGUGAUCGGCUUCAUCUUGCUAGGAAUCGUCCUCAACUGCGGCGGGACCCCAGACUCGGGCUACAUUGGCGGCCGAUUCUGGCAAAAGCCAGGCGCAUUCCAUAAUGGCUUCAAAGGCCUCUGUAGCGUUUUCGUUACCGCCGCCUUCGCUUUCGCCGGCACCGAGUUGGUGGGGUUGGCAGCGGCCGAAGCAGCGAACCCUCGUAAAUCCCUCCCAACCGCCAUCAAGCAGGUGUUUUGGCGCAUCACCCUGUUCUACGUUGUGGCCCUUACUCUCAUCGGGCUCCUGGUACCCUACGACGAGCCCCGCCUCCUCGGUGCUUCUUCCGCCGCCGAUGCGACAGCCUCCCCCUUUGUCAUUGCCAUCGAGAACGCCCAGAUCGAUAUACUGCCCUCCGUCAUGAACGCCGUCAUCCUCAUCGCCGUCCUAUCCGUCGGCAACUCCGCCGUCUUUGGUUCCUCCCGAACCCUCGCCGCUCUAGCAGACCAGCACCAGGCCCCGCGCUUCCUCUCUUACGUCGACCGCAAAGGCCGCCCUCUGACGGCCAUCGGCGUCGCAUCCGCCGUCGGCCUCCUCGCCUACCUCGCCGACCUAAAGCAGCAAGACCAGGUCCUCGACUGGCUCCUCGCCAUCUCGGGCCUCUCAUCCAUCUUCACAUGGGCCUCCAUCUGCCUCUGCCACAUCCGCUUCCGCCACGCCUGGGCCCGCAAGGGCCACGGUCUGCACGAGCUCGCCUUCCGCUCCCAGGUCGGCGUCAUCGGCUCAUGGUGCGGUCUCUUCAUGAACGUCCUCGUCCUCGUCGCCCAGUUCUGGGUCGGUGCCUUCCCCGUCGGCUGGGAGACGUGGGACGCCGAGUCCGUGGCCAAGAAUUUCUUUUUGCGGUAUGCCGCGUUCCCCAUCGUGGCCAUCAUGUACGCUGUGCACAAGUUUUACUUCCGGACGGUCUUUAUCCGUAUCGAGGACAUGGACGUUAGCACGGGCCGUCGAGACUUUAACCUCGGCAUCCUCGUUGCUCAGGAGCAGGAGGAGAGGCGGUCGUGGCCGAGGUGGAAGCGCGUGUACAAGUUUCUGUGUUGA